UGCAGCUGCAAGGGGGCGCGCCCUGGGGCUUCACCCUGAAGGGAGGUCUGGAACACUGCGAGCCGCUCACAGUGUCUAAGACUAUCAAAAAAUGAUUAUUCUUCAAACAACAAAACCUGAUCUUCCUGUCUCCUUUCCAUCAGUCAGGAUGAGACUUCUGAUGCCUGACUAGGCAGGAUCAAUGCCCCUUCAUCCUGAAGCAGCUAUAGGAAGGUGGACCUUUUGCAGCAGCUUCGAUUAAGAAUAGGGUGUCAAAAUCUUGGGGGAGAAAAAGAAGUAGGAUAGAAGAAAUUAAGAAGUAAUAAACAUACUUACUUCUUGGGUUGCGUCAGUCAAGUUUCCCCAUCGCCUGACUUUGCAGAACUUCCUUGGACUACGUCCAGUGACAAGAAGGAUGAUGGUUUAAUGCAAUGAAGACCUCAAUUAUUCCCUGAAAUCCCAGUAUCACCACCCUGCCCAAGCUGGUUUCUACAAGUUUUCAUUAAGAUAAGAAGAGACAAAAAGUAAAACACAGUGCAUUGUUACCUUCUGAGAAUACAGAAGAUUUGAGGUUUUGCCUUUUGUGGACCACAUGUGUAUAUCCCUUGCUUGUCUACUAUUAUGGAUAAUAUAAAUGGAUCCAAUACAAGACCACAGCAGCUCUCUGGGUGAGGAGACUGAAGCUCAGAGAAGUAAAGAAAUUUGCCUUAGACAGGUUGAAUUACAGCUAAUAAGAAAUAGACUUGUAACUCAUGUAAUAGAGUUGUCUGAUUACAAAGACUGCCUGGUUUCUUUGUGGCUGGGUUUGACUUCAUCUAAUAACCAGCAAAACAAUAAACACAAAGGGAGAGGAGAGGCACCUGGCAUAUGUUUUCUAGGUCUUUUAGGAAACAGAGUUGUUCCUUUGGCUGUGUACGGGUGAAUCUACAAGAAGGCUGUUAUUGUAGACAUCAAGAGAAUGAAUACUGUCAAGAAAGGAAUGCUCACCCGUGUUACCAUGGCAGAACUGGAAGGAUCUACAGUGUUAUGCAGCAUGCUGUUGGCAUUGCAAACCAGUCUUGACCUCCUGCCCCAACUUCCUUUCCGAACCCCAAGAAACUUGGGUGAGGCCAAGCCUACAUCUACCAUCUUUCUUCAGAAUCCUGGCCUAGGGGCAGCCAUCACCAAUUGGCCGAUCCCUGCUGUCUCCUAUUAACCAGCUGGGCUAGGUCAAGUGAGGAGACCUGCUUCGGCUCUGGAGAUCCUCGCAUAGAAGGCAAAAUAGGACCUGUUUGCCUGCCCUUUUUCUUUCUUGGCCCCUCUUCAGUGGUUGUGAACCUAGGUUUUGGUUACUUGCACGAAAGAAGGGUCACAGUGGCAUCCUUUGGCCUGAGGUUGGAAGCUGUUGCUGAAUACCGAGCCUUUCAAGAUGAUUAUCCUCAGCACUCCUAGACUCCUCCUCCUUUUUGGACUAAUGCUUUAUUCGGGAGAUAGAGUCCAAAUGGCAGAGGUGGGGCAGCCCUCUGUCACCUCCCUGCCUGAAAGCUCUACUUUGCCACCUGCUGCAACCUCUAUCAUGCCCCUCGUUGAGAAGUUGCUAGAAGAAGCCCCUGGAAAGGAACAGAGAAAGCCAUACCUCCAAGGUCCUCCCCUGCAGUACAUGCUGGAGUUGUACCAGCGUUCAGCUGACUCGGAUGGGCACCCUAGGGAAAACCGCACAAUUGGGGCCACUAUGGUGAGGCUGGUGAUGCCCUCAGCCAAUGUAACAAAGCAUCUUAGAGGUUCCUGGCAUAUAUGGACCCUGAAAUUUCUUCUAGAACGUAACCGUGUAGCUUACCAACUAGUGAGAGCCACUGUGGUUUACUGCCAUCAACUCUACCUAGCUCACUUCAGCCUGUCCUGCCAUGUGGAGCCAUGGGUCCCAAAAAGCCCAAAUAAGCACUCUUCAGGAAGAGCUCCCUCAAAGCUGUCCCUGAUGUCUCAAACCUGGACAGAGAUGGAUAUCACCCAACAUAUUCAGCAGAGGCUCUGGAAUCGCAAAGGACAGAGGGUCCUACGACUGCAUUUUAUGUGUCAGCAGCGAAACAGUAGCGAGGUUCUUGAGUUACCCUGGCAGGGCACUUUAGCCAUGGAUGUUGCCUUCUUGCUACUUCAUCUCAAUGACACUCAUAAAACUGCUCAGAAGGCUGAACUUCUUCCUAGUGGCCUGGAGGAGUUUUUGGAAGGGGAAUCUUCUCUUCUCUCAAGGAAGACUCGGCAAAUAGAUAGUAUUGCAUCUAAGAUUAUUGCCCCCUCCUCGGAACAGGAUGACUCUGACAACAACCAGUGUUCCCUCCACCCUUACACAGUCAGCUUCCGUCAGCUGGGCUGGGAUCACUGGAUCAUUGCCCCCAACCACUAUACCCCCAAUUACUGUAAGGGAACUUGCCCUCGAGUGCUAUAUGACAGUCUCAAUUCCCCCAAUCAUGCCAUCAUCCAGAACCUAAUUAAUGAGCUGGUGAACCAGAGCGUCCCUCAGCCUUCCUGUGUCCCCUAUAAGUAUGUUGCCAUGAGUAUUCUUCUUAUUGAGGCAAAUGGGAGUAUUUUGUACAAAGAACAGGAGGGGAUGGUUGCACAAUCCUGCACAUGUAGGUGAGAAUGACAGUACAGCUCACUGUGGUUUCCCAAGAAAUUGGAAAAUUGUUUAAAAGAAAUAAAUAUCAAUGUUAAU